AUGAUAGGGGGAAUUUUCCCUGUUUUCAACAAGGAUGUCAGCAGCGUUGCUACAUUUGAUGGGGAACCUCCUGCAGUGACGUGUGCCCUGUUUGACCUUCGGGCUUUUCGAUGGGCCCAAAUGAUGAUAUUUGCAAUAGAAGAGGUCAACACAGAUCCUGCUCUCCUGCCUAACAUCUCUCUGGGUUACAAGAUUCUCAAUUCCUGUUCGUCUCCUACAAACACUUUACGAGCUGCACUAACGCUGGCAAGUAGUCAAAAUGAAAAAGAAACAGCUUCUGGCUGUUCUCCACCUAUAUCCACGGUAAUCGCAGAGGCAGGAUCUUCUCAGUCCCUGGCGGUCGCUGGAAUUCUUGGACCUUUUCAAGUUGCAGUCGUGAGUUACUUCUCAACGUGCGCCUGCCUCAGUAACAGAGUUAAAUACCCGACUUUCUUUCGAACAAUCCCCAGCGACUACUUCCAGGCAAAAGCCUUGGCAGCUCUGGUCAAGCAUUUUGGCUGGGAGUGGAUCGGAGCCAUACAGUCAGACAACGACUACGGACGAAACGGGGUCCUGGCGUUUGCAGAGGAGGUUAAGAAACUAAAGAUCUGCAUCGCUUUCAUCGGUACGGUUCUUCGAACGUACCCUCAGGAAAAGAUCCUGAAAGUUGUAGAAAUGAUCAAACAGUCAACCGUCAAAGUCAUCCUGGCUUUUACGCCUGAGGGCGACUUUUACCCUCUGAUGAAGGAGAUAGUGAAGCAGAACAUCACAGGGAUUCAGUGGAUCGCCAGUGAAGCGUGGAUAACAGCGGCAAGGCCCUCCACGCCUGAAAUGUACCGAGCUUUCGGCGGAGCCUUGGGAUUUGUUGUUCAGAAGAUGGACAUCCCAAACCUAAAUCCAUUUCUUAUGAAUAUUAACCCUUACAGAAAUCCAAGUGAGCCUUUUGUGAAGGACUUUUGGGAGAUAAUGGUUGGCUGUAAGCCGUCUUCAAAUGCAUCGGACACUGGUGCAGCUAAAAUAUGCUUAGGCAACGAGACAUUGAUGGAUUACACCCAGGAUGUGUUCUUCAAUGUCUCCCAGCUCAGAGUGGCCUAUAACGUGUACAAAGCUGUUUAUACUAUUGCACAUGCUCUUCACCAGCUGGUGUUCUGCCGACCAGCAGCAGGAGGAAAAAAUGUGAAGCCUUGUUUGAAUGUAUCUGAAAUUCAUCCCAGAGAGGUUACCUAUCACCUGCAAAGAGUAAACUUCAGGAAUCGCUUUGGAGACGAUGUGUUUUUUGACGAGAACGGCAACCCUCCUGCUUCCUACGACGUCAUUAACUGGCAGCUCAGAAACGGGCAGGUUCAGCAUGUGACCCUGGGUCACUUUACAUCCACUAAGAACGGAGAGUUCACACUGAGCAUACAGGAAGACAGAAUAGUGUGGAGGACAGGACAGAUGGUUCCAGCGUCGGUGUGCUCAAAUGCUUGUCCAGCAGGAACCAGGAAGGCUCAGAUCAAGGGGAAACCAGUCUGUUGUUUUGACUGCGUUCCAUGUGCAGAGGGAUCAAUCGCCAACUCAACAGGUGCAACAGAGUGCACAGCCUGUCCACAGGACUACUGGUCCAAUGAGAGAAAAGACGGAUGCAUUCCAAAGACCAUCGAGUUUCUGGCGUAUCACGAGCCCAUGGGCGUGGCGCUCACAGCCGUGGCCUUGCUGGGCGCCUCCCUGUCUCUGCUCACGAUGGUCGUUUUUAUCCAUUACAGAGAAACUCCUGUGAUAAAAGCCAGCAACUCAGAGCUGAGCUGCUUCUUGCUGUUUUCCCUCUUCCUGUGCUUCCUCUGCCCUCUCACCUUCAUCGGCAGACCCACAGUCUGGACCUGCAUGCUGCGCCACACCGCUUUCGGUGUGACAUUCGCGCUCUGCAUCUCCUGCGUUCUGGGCAAAACCAUCGUCGUUGUGACGGCGUUCAAAGUCGUACACCCCAACAACAAACCAGCAGUAGGGCAGUUCGGUCCGAUCCAGCAAAGAAUUAUCGUUUGCUCCUGCACUUUGGUUCAAGUAAUUAUCUGCAUAUUGUGGCUGAAGCUAAAUCCACCGUUUCCCGACAGGGUUUUUAAAUACAGCAGCAAAAAGAUCGUGCUGGAAUGCAACACGGGGUCAGAGGUCGCUUUCUAUGCAGUACUGGGAUACAUCGGGAUUCUUUCAGUGAUAUGUUUGAUCCUUGCAUUUCUAGCCAGAAAGCUGCCCGAUAAUUUUAACGAAGCCAAAUGUAUCACGUUCAGCAUGCUGAUUUUCUGCGCCGUCUGGAUCACUUUUAUCCCAGCGUACGUCAGCUCUCCUGGAAAGUUCACUGUAGCCGUGGAAAUAUUUGCAAUAUUGUCAUCGGCAUUUGGCUUAUUAAUAAGUAUUUUUGCGCCUAAAUGUUACAUAAUCUUGGUGAAGCCAGAGAAAAACACAAAAAAGUAUGUUAUGAGAUUAAAUGCUAGUAGAAAAUAUAGUUUGGAAAGAAAAUAUCAAAUUCACAAUGUGUUCACGAUUCCAGUGUAUGAGUAA